ACUGGAGGACUGAUCUCCUUUUGUGUUCCUCUGCAGUUUAUUCACACUGCAACUUCUGCCGCCUGUUUUAGAAAAGAGGGGGUUUCAUUUCUGCUUUACUUGUGUCGUUCUAAACGGAAUGAAUGACAAAAACAAAGGAGGUUGAUGUCCACAACUCUCCGACUCACCUCCUCUUUGCCUCGCCCAAGGAACGGAGACUCCAUCUCCGGCAGAAGAUGGAAAACGGAGGCGGGACGGAGAGCUCGGACAGCGGCCAGGCGCAGCACGCGGUGCCCGGUAAACCGCACCUCGAAACUGCUGAGCCCUCGGCGAUGCCACCCGCUCGCCCUCCAGGCGAGAAGAAAAAAAUAAACCGAGCCCCGUCCCCCGCGAGACCUAAGGAUGUGCCCGGGUGGUCGCUCACGAAGAUCCGCGGAGGGAUCGGGACCCCGACUCUGAGCGUCAAGCCCGGAGCUAUCCAUUUGGGAAGCCGUAUUUCCAGGCGCAGCCCCGUGGGAAGUCUGUCUGGAAAGGACGGUAAAGCGGAAAAGGGUGGUGGAAAAACGGCAGGAAAAUCCUUCUCCGGUGGUAUGUUAUCCAAGACCUCGGUAUCCAAGGCGGCCAAAAACACCAGCGGACGGAGGAAGGUGUCAGACGCCAGCAUAGGGUCCGAUGAUUUAUCAAAGGACUCUGGAUGCGCUCCCGGGAAGCUUUCCCCAACCGACAGUAGCUCCGAGCUAUCAGACUGCGCCUCGGAGGAAAACAAACUCUCAACGGACGCUGUAAGCAGCGACGCCGAGUCAAGGAGCAGCCGGGGCGGUGGGCCAGACGGAGAGAAGCCGCUCAGAGAUGGCGCAUUGACGGACAGAGCUAACCAACACGCCGCUGCGAAGAUCACCUGCUCCAGCAAUGAAAAAGAUUACAAGGACCGACUGUCUGUGAGCAUGGAGACCGGGGAAGGGAGCAUUUCCCCCGGUGAGGAGCGAUCGGUUACCUCGUUUGACAGCAGGGUACCUGCCAGCACAUCCUUGGCAUUUUCAGACCUCACAGAGGAGUAUAUGGACAGCAUGCAUGAGGAGUUUGUCAGGGAAAUAGAAGAGCUGAGAUCUGAGAAUGAUUACCUCAAAGAUGAGAUGGAGGAGUUGAGGUCUGAGAUGCUGGAGAUGAGGGACAUGUACAUGGAGGAAGAUGUUUACCAGCUGCAGGAACUGCGGCAACAGCUGGAGCAGGCAAACAAGACCUGCCGCAUCCUGCAAUACCGACUGAGGAAGGCUGAGCGGCGCUCUCUCCGAGUGGCCCAAACUGGGCAGGUGGAUGGAGAAUUGAUUCGGACGCUGGAGCAAGAUGUAAAAGUGGCGAAGGAUGUAUCCAUCCGGCUCCACAGCCAGCUGGACAGCGUGGAGAAGAAGAGGAGUCGUCUGGAGCAGGAGAAUGAGGAGCUGAGAGGCCGACUACAGGACCUGGAGGUUGCCAAACAGGUCCUGCAGCAAGAGAUUGACAAGAACUCCCAGAAGAAAAGAGGAGCACGACCCAACAAUAAGCCUGACAAGAAGCCAGCUCCACAGGAGGACAGCUCAGACCUGAAGUGUCAGCUCCACUUUGCCAAAGAGGAAUCGGCCCUGAUGUGCAAGAAGCUGACCAAGUUGGUGAAGGACAGUGAGGCCAUGAAGGAGGAGCUGGCCAAGUACAGGUCCAUGUAUGGAGAUGUAAACGCCUCGCUUACUGUGGAGGAGGUUGCUGACUCCCCUCACACCCGUGAGGCUGAGAUCAGAGUCCACCUGAAGCUGGUGGAGGAAGAAGCUAACCUGUUAAGUCGACGCAUUGUGGAGCUGGAGGUGGAAAACAGGGGCCUCCGAGCUGAAAUGGAUGACAUGAAGGGGCCACAAGAUGGUCCUCAAGAACUUACUGGUGUUGUUAGCGGUCUGGGGACUGGGCUUGGUGUCACAGGAGGGGCCAUGGUACUUGGGGGAGGAGCUUCAUCUGAAAACGUCAUGGAGCUCCAGAGACAUCUUCAGUUUGUAGAGGAGGAGGCGGAGCUACUGAGGAGGUCUCUGAUCGAGAUGGAGGAACAAAACAAACUCCUGAUGAAUGAGAUAAACCGAUAUAAAUCUGAGCUCCCACCAUCGUCAUCUGUGCUGUCAUCCAAUUCAUUAAUGUCGCUGUCAGAUGGGGUGCUUAAUGACAGCCCCGUCCACGCCAUACAAGAAGGGGCGGUGCUUAUCAGCACUGAUACACCGCCCCAUGAGGAGGAGCUUCGACUGGCAAGACUUCAGAUUGGAGAACUGAGUGGGAAAGUGAAGAAGCUGCAGUAUGAAAACCGUGUACUUCUGUCCAACCUGCAGCGCUGCGAUCUUGCCUCCUAUCAUGCUCCUUCCUCUUCAUCAUCCUCCACCUCCUUUAAACUGGCUCUGGAGACAGAUGCAGAAGCUGGAGACUCAGCUGAGUGCCUCCCCUCCAGCCCGCCCCAUCGCAAAGAGCCAGUAGGGGGUGAGAAUGAUGCCCUCGGGAUUGAUGAGCAGAAAAAGAGGUUUGAGGACAAUGCUGACGCAACAACUUCACUCCCUGGGUGCCUGGGGCAGAAGGACCAUGAUGCCUUGUUGGUCAUGAGGGACCAGGCUCGCUUGGUUUCCACGGCGAUACAGCUACUGACCUCCCCCGAGUCUAACUGCCUCUCCUCCUCCCCUUCCAUUUAUCACAAGGUCUGCAGCAAUGAUGCAGCAGAGCCGUGUGACCUGGAGAAACCUCAGCCUCACAACCAGAUUUCAGAGUUGUCUGACCUGGCGGACCGUCCUCUAGUUGGUGCUCUUACCAGUAGGCUUCAAGCUCUGCACACACAGCUGCAGGCCUUUGUGGAGCAAGUAGACAGCCUUGGUAAACCCCAGCCAGGUGGAAGGGAUGCUCAGGUGGAAGGAGCCUCCCCUCCAGCUUCACCCUGCACCUCUGCCCCCUGCUCCGUAGACGGCCAGGAUCGAGAGAACACGGCAGAGAAGCAGCCUGAUUAUAGGGACCAAUCAAAGCAAGAAGUGAAAGAUGAAACUAAGGAAAACAGCCAAUUCAUCAGCAACGUGAUGCAAAAUCAGGAAACCAGCCAAAUGGAACAAGAAGAGAUGGAGACAGAUCAUGAAAUGUCCAUCCAGCCCAGUUCCCUCCGGGUCCAGCUGUGUGAAGCAGAGGAGUCAGUUCAAGGAAUUCAGGAGGAACUGGAAAAAGAGAGGCAGGGUUACAGAGAAAUAGCCCUGAAACUCUCACAGCUCCAGGAUGAGCAUCAGAAGGCCCUGCUUAGGCGGGACUUCCAGCUGCAGAGUCUGGGCCUCCAGGCUCGACUUCAGCAGAAGUUGUGGAGCCAGGAGAGGACUCUGCUGAUCCAAGAGUCCCAGCACCUCAAACAGGCUCUGCUACUGCUCAGCCUCAAACUACGCUGCUUCCUCAAACAGUGGAGACUGGGCUGCAAAACGGACACAGAGUGGAAAGAUGUCCUGGAGAUUAACAGCCUAAAGGACCUGUACUUGCUGUUGGAAGAAGAUAACCUGCCCAGUCCCAGCCAGACAGACAAGAGACCUAAUGCAGAUGAACAGCCACUGAGUCCCACAAUAAAGUCGAGUGCUGUAAGCAGCACUUUGGCAGACCUGAAGGUUGCGCUGCAGGAUCUCAGUGGAGAGUUGCGACAAGAGAGGCAAGGCUCCCAGGAACUCACUCAGCAGUUCGCAAAGGCCAAGGCAUCAUGGGAAGUGGAGAGGACCGAACUGAAGAGCCUCAUCACACAGCUUGAAACUAAAGCAGGCAAAGCAGCAGCAGCUCUGUCCUCCACUGAAACUCUGGACCCCCCUGACUUGAAAGUGGCGCUUAAGAGAGAACGUGAAGAACACCAGCACCUCCUAGCUGAGUCUUACGCAGCUGUGAUGGACCUAACCAAACAGCUUCAGCUGGGAGAGCGGAACUGGGGCAGAGAGAAGCUGGAGCUGCUACAGAGGUUCAGCCGGGAGAGAGCUCAGUGGGAGCAGAGACUGAGAGAGGCCACUGCACAGCAGGGGAGGUUGAAGCCAGCGGGUGAUGAAUCCUCUGCAGACACAUUUGUUGCUAACGAAACAACAUCACCAAGGCUCAAAUCCAUGUUAGAGUUGGAGGGACCAGAGGUCAAUAGAAUGACCAAUCAGGAGAAAGCACAGUUUACUUUCCCAGCUCUUUUCACUCACCCCGAGCAGAGUGACACCACCAGAAAGAACUGGACCUACUUGACCAAUGAGAUUCCAGAAAUCAUGGACACUUCUAAAACCUGGGACGGUCCCAGCGGCUCCUGCAGCAGCUUAGUAGGUUCUCAGAUGGAUCUGGAAUUUGUGCAGAGGAGCUACACUGCUCCAGACCGCACUGGGAUCCGGAUCUACUAUAGCCCUCCUGCUAUGAGGCGCAUGGAGCACUUGAAGAGGAACCAGGAGUCUCACUGCAGUGAGAAUGGGAUCUUCUUCCUCAGUCAGAAUGACACAGAUGCAGGUGUGGCUGCAGUGGAUACCCUGGAAGCGCAACAACAACCUGCGUCCUCAUUUUCUUCUUCUUAUGAGCAGUGGUUGAGUUCACUGUCUAAGCAGCACCGUGAGCUGCUGGAGAGCAGAAGUAGCUGCAUUUCCAGUUCUCUGCCAAGUGUAAUCUGCAACAGUGUGAGUAGUGGGGCAGCUAGCAGAGUGGUCGAUGGAAUGACUUCCUCCUCUGCUUUCCAUGGCCUGGAGAUUGGAGAGAUCUCUGCCAACUUAAGUGACGAUAUGAAGGAGAUGACGAACUGUGUCCGCCAGGCCAUUCGCUCUUCGUCUCUGGAGAGAAAAUCCAGCAAGGAACUUGGAAGUCAGCCACUUGGCAUGUGCACCAGGUCCACACAAACCACAGCUCAAAAUGUCAGCAUUGGGCUCCAAACAGAGAACCUUCCCAGCAGCAGGACAACUGGGCUUCACUCCAAAGCUUGGUCUCCUCGUCCAUCAUCAACAGCCACCUCCUCACUGGUGUCGGCCCGGACGCGACAGAUCUCAACAUCUCUGGAUAAAGUUCACAGCCGUAUUGAAAGGCCAUGCUGCUCUCCUAAGUAUGGUUCACCAAAAUUACAACGCAGAGUGUCUUCUGGAUCCACCUCCAGACUGGACGGGACUUCUUCCAGCAGGGACCGCAGCCUGUGGAGCCUUAAUCAGAGACCCAUUGGUGGAGGAGGGGGCUCGGCAUGGGCCCGCUCCACCACCACCAGAGACAGCCCCGUCCUGAGUGGCCUCACCGAUGGCCUCUCCAGUCUCUUCAGCGUAGUGGAGCACUCAGGAAGCACAGAGUCACUUUGGAGGAGUGAGAUUGGUGCCAGCCAGACUGCCAGCCCAGCUCGGCAGCUUCCCCCAGCAGGAAAGCCCUCUGGGGCAGUAGUCAGUGGAUCUGACCCCAGCUCUCAGCGGUACGGAGGUCUGGUCCAAGAGUUCUUCAGGAAUGUCUGCAGCAGCCGUGGGCCUGGAGGAGUCACCCUGCCCGGAGAGAGAGCACAAAGAGACCCCCUUGGCAACCUUGGAAGUCUGGGCGUCUCGGGAGGGUUGGUCAGUGUGGACGAGCCUAAGCCGGAGUGUGUGGCGGUGGCAGUUGGAGCACCAAGCGUGCUGGCUGGGGUGGGUGGAGGCAAUGACAGCGUGACCAGGAUUGUUAAUAAAAGGUUCAUGAGGCAGUCAGCUGGGGAGGAGAUGAUCAGUAUCCUUGGAGGAGGGAAGGAAAUGGUUGCAAGUUCAGGGAUGGAGGAUAUACCCUGUGACUGCGCUGCCCAGUCCUCCUGCUCUGCCCGACCAUCGAGAGCAGCUGCUCGCCACUGCAAACACCGUCUGCAAGAAUCUCCAGCAGUAACAGAGGAAAAGGGCGACCCCUGCAACGAGUGAUGACACUUCCACUGCCCCACAAAGACACACAUCAGAUACGGAGACACACACAACAAUACCAUUUCUUGACUAACACUACUGCCAUUAAAAAAAAGCUUUUUCACUCCUCUCACAUCACCAAAUGUACACACACACACACCUCCAACCUGCCACACAGGUGCACUGCCAAACAUAAUGUACACUGAUAGCACACUGCACAGACUACCCCACAAACCUACUGCCACCUACAUACAUUCAUAAACACAAACACACAGGAUCCAGGCAAUAUUAAACCCUCUCUUGGACCGGACCACUCUGAUGCCAAGGACAGAUCAAACCAUCACAAAACUACCAGCAGGACAGAAACGGUUUUACACUUCUAAGUAAACAAAUAACCACUAACUGAGAAGAUUUAAAUCAAAUCAUGAUGUCAGGACUGGACUUACAAAAGACAACCUUCUACUAACAGAUUUAAAGGUACUACUAACUAAUCAUGCACCUUGUUAAUGUCAUCUUGCCAUCAUGCUGAUGAACUAGCAGCCAUGUUAGAUUUGCAAACUGGUAAGAUAAAAAGAGUCGCAUUUGGAAAAUGAAUCUAAAGCCCAUGUGUUACUUUGGGAGCCACAAAACACAGAAGACAUCCGUUACAGCUGGAAAAAUCUUUUAAGAUGUGUUAGCAGCUCGCAGACAAUCAGUCUGUGUGAUUUAAUCUGACGGGAAGCUAUAAUGAUUUCUCCAGAGACAGAUUCUGCAGAGACGGACUGUCGCUGUAACUUGCCACAAGUGCAGAUGCUGUGCCGGGAAAUUAUGCCGCUUAGAUUGAUUAGCACAAUAACAUUCCAGCAAAUGUCUCCAACAUGGAUCUGAAAAUGCCACAUCAUGGACAAGUUUACAGCAUCUCUUACUAAUAUACAAAAAAAAGACCUCAGAGACUGUCACCAUGACCAAACCUGGACUCAUAGGAUGUUGAGCCUUUACAGCCUGGCAGCCAAGAACAUAAAACUGGUUUAUGAGUCAGUUUUCUACCAAUUGUGUUUAUUAGCCAACCUAUACAGCAAAGAGCUCCUCAGACUUGCUUGGAUAUAACAGAACAUUCGGUUCACUGAAGGUCUUUGGCCACAGUUUUGGGAACAUUUGAUGACAUUGAAGCCAUGACUUAAACCUUGUAGAUUUAAGAUGUUUUUUUAGAGACUGAUAAGGAAAUUAAUAUUUUGUUUUGAAUUAGUUUCAUCAGGCAGGCAGAGAUGUAGUUUCACUGAUGUCAAGAUUCAUCCUUAAACAUCUGAGUGGUGAUCUGCUGAAAAUAUGCAGUCUAAUAGCAUGCUAUUCCAUAAUAUCUCAGUUAGAGAUACUAUUCCUGAUUGGUUAAGUCGAAUUGAGAGCUCCCCUGCUAAGUUCACAGGACAGUGUUUAGAAAUGUUUUGAUUUCUUUGUAUGCAGUGUUUUUGUAGACUUCAUACUACAGGAACAAAACAAACAUCUGAUUUCAUUCUAUUUCCAUUUCUAAUCCAGCUUUUAAGAUCUAAUUUACUCAGAUGAUACCUUAUCAAUGGUCCAUCAGUCCAUCCAUACAGUCUAUGCUUCAUCUGAGAGGAAAAGUGGGUAAAGAAUCAAAUAUACAGUGUUCCCACGACAAAAUAUCUGGUAAAACUCACAACUGAUCUGAAAAUCUGAUAUUCAUCUAAAGAAUUUGUGCAUUCCUUUAGCCUUUACUUAGAGAAAAAGUAAAGGUAUUGGCUCAGUGCAUGUGUAUGGUUGGUGUAUAUGGUAGAUUUUUCAACUUUAACCUGUAUCACUGCACCAUUUCCCUGAUCAGAUGAAGAUAAUUUCAAAAUGCUUACCUGUAUCUUCUUUUCAUCCCUUAUUCUCCUCUUGUUUUAGUGCUACAGUUAAGUGUAGCUGCUGUGCAUUUCCAGUGUUUAUGCUGAAAAUGUAGCAUUAUAAAUUUAAUCUUUUGAACAGGAAGGUAAGAAAUGUGACUAUUUAUCUGCAGUCAGAAUACUUAAACUAAAUUUAACGUUGCACUGAACGUUUUUACUUAUUUCAUGAGGUAUAUUCAUGGAUUUUCUAUUUUCUCCACUUACAAAUUUUGGUCAGGUUGACUUUUUAAAAUUUUUAAAUGCUUUGUAUUUGACUUUUUCUUGAAUGGAGUAAUCACAUAAAAUGAGCUGGAUGUCUGGACAUCACAGAGAAAUCUGAAAAAGAUGUUUAAAAAAAAGGCCACACAUUUUAUAUGAGUACUGACACAACUACAAAGAGACUUAGACUAGUAAACUAAAAGCAUGAAAAGUACUACAAAUUGAAAACAAUCAUAUUUGGAAGUUCUGGGUUUUUUUUUUUUAAUUACACGCUGUUUCUCCAUUUGCUUGCUGUGUAAUUGUCUUUCUAAUCAAUCAACUGAUCAAAGUGCCUAUUGGAUCACCUGUUAGUCAGCUCACACCAAAACUGGACUCCAUAUGAAAAACACAUGAACCAAGAAGCCUAUUUUUAUUGAGUAAGAAUGUUUUAUGCACAUAAUUACAAUCAGGCAGCACUAAAGUUAUGAAAAAGUACUGUAUCACAGUGAAGGAGGGACUAAAGUGUUGACAAGUAUAGAAGGAUGUAGUAUACACUAGCCUAUAUAUUAACUUUUUUAUAUCAAGGGUUAUAUUUCUGGAAAGUAAAUUAUUUUUGUUUGAUUUUGUUUAUUUUUUAUGGAUUUUUUUGCUUAUAUAUUAGCCUAUUUCUAUUUCUGUUUCAUUAUCAUGGUGCUACUUGGUGCAAAGUGUGCUGUGGGCUUGCUGCCCUAACAAGGCAUCUACCCAUCUGUAUGUGACAAGCUGUCCAGCAAUUGUCAGUGUCUGACUCAGCAGUUUAAAAUAGGGCAUUACAGUAACAGCGUAUGUAUUUAAAUAACAAACUGAGGAAAACCCACAGUCUCUAUGCUGCUGUCUGCCUCCACUUCAGCCCUCACUGCUGGUCCAAAACCAACUGCAUGAAACCAGUCGCUGCCUCAGAAACUACUGGCCUGAUUGCGACCGGACUAGAAUGUCUCAUUUGUUUUUUGACCACACAUAUUCAAGAGAUAAUUUUAGCUAAGAUAUUUUAUGGUCAAAAAGCAGAAUGCCAAUAAUUAGAUGUUUCUAAAUGUCUGAGAGAGUGCAGCUACGUUUCCUUUCUACAUUCCACGACAUGUUCAUCAUUAUCCUAAGCUUUGUUGUCGCAACACAUCUACAAACCCCAUUGGGAGAAUUAACUGGAAACCUAAUGCGCAUUAUGUAUUUAAAAACAACGAAAAAUUACAAAGGGAAGAACCUCACCUCUAUUAUAGACCCUUACUUUUGGUAUAAACCACCAACUACCUGAGACUCUAGAGCUAAAUAGUGACAGUUAAACUGCUAGUUUUCUAACAAGCUAACUUGUUUGCGAACAAGCUAACAGGUUAACUUUGCAAAGCCAACAAAAUGACCUGUGUGUCAUACUCAUAUUUUCAUUCUUUUCUUUACUGGAAAUCCAUAUUAUAAAUUGUACAUACAUAUCACUCACUUACAGUAUAUGAUAUGUGAAAAAACAAACAUUUUAACUGCUAAUUUAAGGCACACCUUUAGCACGAGAGCCUACUUUCGUUCCACAUGAUAUUAGUGGAAAGGGUGGUCUGGAGUUUUUUGUCAGAUAGAUGCCCCUGAACAGGAAUCAAACAUCCAGUUUACACACUUAAAAACACUGUUUGAAUUUUAAUACUCAGAGCUACGUUUGUGGCGUAACAGGCUCUUUACUAUAAGCAGCCAAAUGUUUUUAACUCUCAACAUAUUAAAAUAACCAAGACCAGUAAUGACGCAUUUCUUUAUUUUUACAGAAUAUAAUUGCAUGUGCAUGUUAAGAAGAAGGGUUGCCAACUAAAUACAGUUUUCCUGAUAUUUUCUUCAAAAGUCUUUGCAGUUAAAAGAACCUGAAAAAUUAGACCAGACUGCAACACAGAAGAUAAAUUUGGUGCUUGUCAAAGUUCUGCCCGUAGUGGCCAGAGUGCCAUGACUCAGUCGUCCCAGUCAGUCCCACCACACACCAAAAGGAGUAGUCUGAAACCACAGGGAAACACUUAUUAACAUGGGCUCAAUAUCUGCUUUUUAAAUGCAUUGCAAAGUUACAGAAUCUGUUAUGAUAAGCCAUUAUAUCUCCUUCAUUCUUAUAAUAUUUUUGCUGCAUUUCAGAUUAAAACAUGUUACAGCUACAUUGCAAUAGAUGUCAGAGAAGUUUAAAGAUUUCUAUUUAAAUAGUUUAGAAAAAAAACUCCUACAUAAUUCUAUCAACUCUGUGUACAAUAGAUUCCCCACUACAGCAGGGACUUCAGUAUCAUUUCCUUAAAAUAUGAUGUGAUCAUUUCACAAAUUGUGUUGAGAAAUUAUUGGAAUAGCGGGACUUUUACAUUGGGUUUUAAUUGCAUUUCUGUUGAAAAUAAUGAAAUUAUGUGGAAAGUUUUUACCAGAUUCUGUUCUACCUCGUACACUUUGUAAUAAUUCAGAGACCAUUAAACAAUACAGGCCACAAUUUGCACUUGAAAAACAAUACUCAGUCACUGGAAUCUAAUAUAGUUUUCACUGUUUGAGAGAAGGUCACUCUAGUGCCUUUCCUCUACAAAACUGUCUUGGUUUUUCUUUUAAGACUUUUAAUAUAUCUACAAUAUUUUACUCUCAUAAGCACCAAUUCAUGAUCUUAAAUUCCAGAUGGAUUACACAGUUUAAAUAUUGUUAUUGGUCAUCUUGUACUUGGUCUAUAAUCAUAAACUGCCAGUCAGUUAUUUUAGUGGCAAGAUAAAAAAAAGUCUCAUAAAUUAGCUUUAUUUAUUACCAGACCUCAGUAUGGGUUAAAAUUCAGACUGUUUUGCUGAUUGCUAAUUGAGACAUUAGCCAGUGUGAUAAAAAGGAUAUGACAAGAAAUGUGAAAUAAAUUUUCCACUGCUUUAAUGUUUGAUAAAUUGGAGUGUGCAAAAAAGAAAAAAGACAGAAUUAUGUUUCAUAUUUGAUUAAAUUAAAUUGGUUAGGUUUGCGUAUAACAAUAAUAAAUGUUAUAUUAGUAUGUUUUUAGUAUAUUUGAUUUGUAUUACAACACAAACUGUGGCAUGAAAGAGGUAGAAUUUCUUCUCACAUUAGCUGGUCAUGCUUUUCAUUAAAGAAUAAGUUGAAAAUUGCGCAGUCCAGUGGAAGGCUUACAUUUUUCUUUAACUCUUACGUCAUCAUUCAGUGAUCCUCACUUAUCCAGCCUUUCCACUCGCCUGUCAGGUGUCACAUUUUCUCCUUUCCCUCAGGUUAUACUGUAAGUACGAGGCGUUUCAGCCACUAACUGAAAGGUUUUACUGGUCACACAACUUCACCAGCCAAUGACAGAUGAUUUCUUACAAGUUGCAUGGCUCAAAUCAUGAGUCUCAUUGGUCCUUGUAUAUCUAUAAGCCUGUCAAAGGAAAAUUAUUCUUUUUUUAAAUGUGUUUCCAUACCAUUCAUAUAAUUAUUACAUGCUGGGAUUAUGUAAAUUAAUUCUUAGCUUUUCAUAAUGGUAGCUAAAUAUUACCUAGAAACUGCCUGUACAUUUGCUUUAUACUGUAUAACCUAAUAUUGUUGCUUUUCUUUUUUAAAACUGCUUGAUUCUUAAAUAAAAGGAGAAUGCAAUGAAAGAUUACUAAACUGAGUACAUGGCAAACAAAUGUGUGCUGUUUUGCAACUUGAAAAGAAAGGAAAGGUUUGUACUCUGUCCUUUUGUUUCUUUGAGAAAAGCUGAAUGUCAACAGCUGAUCUGACUUGGAUCACUGUAGAAGUAUGUAGCUCUCUCCCUUUAUAGACCACACUUGAGCAUUUUCUCUGUACAUAGGCACAUUUUGAUGACAAUGAUGAGAACAAAAAAUAAGUUAAAAAUUAGAGAAAAAAUGUCAGCAAAUGUUAAAAGGGGUAAGAAAAUUGCAUCAAGAAAGAUUUUUGAAGGGGUUGGGGAUAUUUGCUUUUUCAACCAAUGUAGCUGUAAAACAAGAUAUAAUGGCCUCCUGUUUGUCAUAGAAUUCACAAAUAAAUGUUUGAUGCAUUUUAA